AUCCUGUGUCAGCCAUUGCGUUCCCGUGUGUGGAUGUUUUUUUUAGAGUAUUUUCCCAAAAAUUGGAGCUUAUUUACCGUGAAUUUUCCGCUUUAAUGCUUCCCUGAGGACCACCAGAAGGAUGGCGACACCAAUGGAAGUUGAUAUGAGCUUGGAUGAGAUCAUAAAGAAGAAGAAAAUCACGAGAAAUCCAUCCAAAAAUGGUUUGGGGAUUAAGAAAGGAGGGGGCGUGAUGAAGCCCAAACUGAGCACGCAGAAGAAGCCGCAAAUUGUGGAUGCGCGGCUGAAGAUAAUUCAGAAGAAUCGCUCAAAGAUUCGCGAUGCGCGGGACAAGUUGAGUGAGAUUGCCCGGAAGAGUGAUGCUAGACUGAAGAUUGCCCGGAAGAAGCUUCCGCCGCCGCCGCAGUUGGGGAUGAAAAUGAAACAGGGUGGUGGUGGCUUCCAGAAGCCCAAGAAUGCCAACCGGCGUGGUGGAUUUGCCGUGCCCGUCGUCGAUACGCCCUACAUUGGAGCGCCCCGGGGCUACGUUGAUCACGACCGGGUGGAAGACGACGAGAUCACCUUCCCCAUUGAAUCGCCCGUCCUGCGGCGUACGGUGAGCAAUGAUCGCUUCGGUGGGGCCCCGAAUGUACACAAAUCCGGACGUGAAUGGAGCGGUGGGGACAUCGCGGGGGAUCCCUUUGACAUUUACGACAUCCCACGGCGUCGGCUUCCGGAGGAGCCCCCACGGGCUGUCUACCCAUCUACACGCCAGAUGUAUCCUGGCCCAUCUGAAUCUCUGUCGCCACGCAAGGGUAUCCUGCGGCGCGGCGGACUCGAUUCUCCGCCACGAAUUCUCGAGCGCCGCUACAUUCCGGACGAGAAUUCCCAGCUCUCGUACGAGAUGCGUACUCGCUUGGAGCGCGCACCCGAUCCACGUGCCUCAGCUGGCAUGUUCUCCCGCCGGGAACCAACGCCAUCGCCCCCGCCGGCCUCCGACGGCUACCGCAUCGUUGUGAGCAAUCUCCACCCCAGUGUCACGCAGAAUGACAUUGUGGAGCUCUUUGAGGACAUCGGGCAGCUCAUGGAGGCGCGACUGCUGCGUCCGGGUGUGGCUGAGGUGAUUUUCAAGAGUCUGAAGGACGCCGAGCAGGCCGUGGACACGUACCACAAUCGCCAGCUCGAUGGACUACCCAUGAAGUGUCUCCUGGUGAGCCCCAAGGUGGCCAGUAGCAUCAAGAGGACGACCAGCCUGUCGCGUUGAAAUUGAUUAAUUUGACCGCAAAAACGUAUAAUACAGUGACGGUCGGUGAAAUGGAGCCACCCCGAGAAAUUAAUAUUUUUGACAAUUUAUUCUUUCUUAAUUUUUCUUUAAAUUUAUCAUAAAGAGAUUACAUAUAAAUUCUUUUGUGGAAAUUGUAGUAAAUUUAUAGUAUUGGACAUGAAAAUAGAGCCAUAUUGUACAACAUGAGAUGCGUGAAUUAACAAAAAGUUUAAUACAAACUUUAAUUGAAAUGUAUUUUUCUUGAUGAAAUAAAUGAUUUUUUUGAUUCAAAAAAA